AUGGCACAAAGAACGUCUGGAAAUCUGCCUAGUGACACAGUGCCGAACCCAAGAAACAAUGUUAAUGCAGUGACCACGAGGAGUGGCAAGGUGAGAGAACAAGUACCACCUGAAGCCAAACAGAGUGAAAGUACCUUGACUCCAACUCAUCAGGAGGAAAUGGUCACACCAACAUCGGUUGAGGAGCACAUCGCUAUUGAAAAAGAGGAAGAACCCGUGGCACAAAAAGGGGAACCACUACCAAAACCAGAAAUUCGACUUCCAUUCCCUCAAAGACUAAAGAGGGAAGAAACUGAAAAGCAAUUUGAAGCACUGGAGCAGAUGCCGACAUAUGCUAAGUUCAUGAAGGAUAUUCUGUCGAAAAAAAGAAAAAUCGGCGGUGAAACAGUUAUGCUCACAGAAGAGUGUAGUGCUAUACUACAAAGGAAGCUGCCACCGAAGCUCAAGGACCCUGGAAGCUUCUCAAUCCCCCUGCCAUUAGAAAGAGUUUUAUGUCUACCCCAAGAUGUCGUUCAAGAAAGUGAAGACCCAAAGAUGAAAGAGGUGUUGGCCAUGUUAGAAGCAUCGCCAUCCUACUCCCCCCAUUUUCCUACUAGGUGGGAGGACUUGAAAAGAAAUGAAGACAAGUCCGCGGAGAAAAAGACACCACUGAUUGAACUCAAGCAGCUGCCUCUUCAUUUGAAAUAUGUAUUCCUGGGUGAAGAAGAAAAAAAUCCAGCCAUAAUCAGUGCGAGCUUAAGCGAGUUACAAGAUGAAAAGUUGUUGAGAAUUCUGCGGAAGCACAAGGGUGCUAUCGGUUGGUCCAUUGAUGACUUGAAGGGAAUAAGUCCAACUUUUUGUAUGCACAAAAUCCUCAUGGAAGACAAUCACAAACCGGUAGUACAACCCCAAAGGAGAUUGAAUCCGGUAAUGAAAGAAGUGAUCAGGAAAGAGGUGGUAAAGCUACUAGAAGCCGACCUCAUAUACCCAAUUUCAGAUAGCUCUUGGGCGAGUCCCGUCCAAGUUGUACCAAAAAAGGGCGGAACGACUGUCAUCACAAAUGAAAAGAACGAGUUAAUUCCUACUCAAGCGGUUACAGGCUGGAGAAUGUGUAUUAUUUACAGGAGAUUGAACAGUGCUACGAGGAAGGAUCAUUUCCCGCUCCCUUUCAUUGAUCAGAUGGUUGAGCGGUUAGCCGAACAUGAGUAUUACUGUUUCCUAGACAGCUAUUCAGGAUACAAUCAGAUAGCUGUAGCACCCGAGGAUCAAGAGAAAAAUGCAUUUACAUGUCCGUAUGGGGUAUUUGCUUAUCGAAGAAUGCCAUUUGGACUGUGUAAUGCGCCGACCACAUUUCAAAGGUGCAUGAUGUCCAUAUUUUCUGAUAUGAUUGAGAAACACAUCGAGGUAUUCAUGGACGACUUUUCUGUAUUUGGCUCAUCCUUUGACAAUUGUUUGAUUAAUCUAUCUCUUGGGAUCGAGGUAGACAAGGCCAAAGUUGAAGUAAUUGAAAAACUUCCCCCUACCAACGAGAAAGGCAUUAGAAGCUUUUUAGGCCAUGCUGGAUUUUAUAGAAGGUUUAUAAAAGAUUUUUCAAAAAUUGCAAAACCACUUACAAACUUACUUGCGAAAGACACACCUUUCGAAUUCAAUGAGGAUUGUUUGCAUGCUUUUAACAAUUUGAAAAACCAGCUGAUAACUGCCCCCAUCAUCACUGCACCUGACUGGUCACUACCUUUUGAAAUCAUGUGUGAUGCAAGUGACAGUGAUAUUGGGACAUUUUUGGGACAAAGAAAAGACAAGAUGUUGCAUGUGAUCUACUAUGCUAGUCAUGUUUUAAAUCAGGCACAACACAAUUAUGCUACAACUGAAAAAGAAUUAUUAGCUGUAGUCUAUGCUUUUGAUAAAUUUCGGUCUUAUUUAUUAGGAUCGAAAGUUAUUGUUUACACUGAUCAUGCUGCCUUGAGGUAUUUGUUUACUAAGCAGGAAUCAAAACCAAGGUUGCUUAGAUGGAUUCUAUUACUACAAGAAUUUGACAUUGAGAUCCGGGAUAAAAAGGGGUCAGAGAACACUGUGGCUGACCACCUAUCUCGAUUGGAGAAGGUUGAGGAGAAUGAGGACAUUAGACCGAUUCGAGAUCAAUUUGCUGAUGAGCACAUCUUUGCCAUUACCACGGUACCUUGGUUCGCCGACUUUGCUAAUUUCAAGGUGGGGGGUACAAUCCCAUCUGAUUUCACUUACCAACAACGAAGGAAGUUUAUCCACGAUGCCAAAUUCUAUGUAUGGGAUGAACCCUUUCUGUACAAAAGAGGAGUGGAUGGGUUGUUGCGAAGAUGUGUGCCCAAGGAAGAACAAGAAAAGAAAUGCGAUCGAUGCCAGCCCACCGGUAACAUCUCAAAGCGGGAUGAGAUGCCGCAAAAUCCUGUAUUAGAAGUAGAAGUGUUCGAUGUGUGGGGUAUUGAUUUCAUGGGUCCAUUCCCAUCGUCAUAUAACAAAGUUUAUAUUUUGGUGGCGGUGGAUUAUGUCUCAAAAUGGGUUGAAGCAAUAGCUACUCCAACAAAUGAUUCGAAACAGGUUAUCACCUUUCUCAAGAAGAACAUAUUCGCUCGCUUCGGCGUGCCUCGAGCCUUGAUUAGUGACGAAGGCACCCAUUUUCUAAACCGGAAUAUGGAAUACCUUCUAAAGAAAUAUAAUGUGCGUCAUAGAGUGGCAACCCCAUACCAUCCACAAACUAGUGGGCAAGUUGAAGUCUCCAACAGGCAGCUUAAACGAAUCCUAGAAAAGACAGUAACUGCUUCACGAAAAGAUUGGUCAACGAAACUUGAUGAUGCACUUUGGGUCUACCGAACAGCUUUUAAGACCUCCCUGGGUAUGUCACCGUAUCAAAUUGUGUAUGGUAAAGCUUGUCAUUUACCUCUCGAACUUGAACAUCGAGCAUUUUGGGCGACGAAGUACUGGAACUUUGACUUGGGCAAGGCGGGAGAGGCGAGAAUUCUUCAACUUCACGAGAAAUUCAACUCUGCCAAUGCGCGCCUGGAGCGCGCCCUGGAGCGCUUUCCCAGGUUUGGCCUCUGCCAACGCGCGCCUGGAGCGCGUCCUGGAGCGCAUUUAACAGAAGGUCAAGCUCCCUCUCUUUCACAAACACCAUUAUCAUUGAAGGUCAAGCUCCCUCUCUUCACACAAUCUCGAAAAUUGUCUCAUCCUCAAGACCUAAUGGCAACCCAACAAAAAGCAAAACAAACUAAGGUUGCAACUACAUCUUCCGCCCCACAACACGACGCAUUCCUAUUCAAGACUAGGGCAACACAGGAAUACCAUGCCAAACUCCCAACAGUCCACAAGUUUGUAAGUGAAAUUUUUUUUCAGUUGGAAGACGAUGUAUUUGUUGACAUCCAGGCUAUGAUUGCUUCAAGAGGAUGGGAGAAGCUGACCACAUUUGUCACCACAGCGAGCAAAUCAUUAGCUGUGGAAUUCUACUCUAAUGCCUCCGAUCUAAAGUCUGACCAACCAUUCCCACUUGACCAAUUUGUGAGUUACGUGAGGGGAAAAAGGGUACCAUUCACACCUCAAGUCAUUAAUGAAAUUUUUGGCCUGCCGAACUAUAAAGAUUGCCGCUUUCUAGCUAUGGAAAAACAACUUAUAAGAGCAAGCAGUCAGGAAAUCCUACGCAUUUUAUGCAGACCAGGCACAGAUUGGGUACGAAAUAGAGAUGGCUCAGUUCAGAAAUUAUGCUCAGUGGACCUCACCCCGAUUGCUAUAGCAUGGAGUACUUUUGUCCAUCAUACACUAUUGCCAUGUUCGAAUGUGUCCGAUAUAACAUUUCAAAGAGCAUGUCUACUACUUGCUAUCUUAAAAGGUGACAAAAUUGAUGUGGGCAUGUUAAUAGCCAAUGAUAUUCGGAGCACAUCCAUUCUUGAUCCCCCGACAGACUACUUCCAUCACGCCUCCCUGAUAGGCAAUUUAUGUGAGUUGGUGCGAGUGGUACCAAAACAAGGCGAAGAAAUGUUGAAACCAGCUACUCCAAUCACUGCAAGAUGGAUAACAAAGCACUCUAUGAUUCCAGCAGACUAUCCUGUUGCCCCACCAGCAGCGAUGCCAGCAGAGGAAAAUACUGAACCACAGGAACCACAGCACCACCCUCCACACCCAUCCCAGCUCUCUAACGAAUACAUAAUCGGUAGAUUGGAAACUGUGAUGGAACGAGUGAUGAUUGAUCAGCGAGAUAGACAUGCCAGAUUAGAACUGGGGAUGACCAAUCUCUAUCGAGCAUUUGCCUCCUCUCAACAGACACCGGGAGUCUAG